CUCAUCAGCAAUGUGAGCACUGCAGUACUAAUUUGGUCAAUACUUUAUUUUAUUUAAUAUUCCGUUUUUGCGUUAUUUGUGAGUAAAGCAAGUUUAUCCGAAAAAAAAAGAGAGAGAAGGAUUAGUGAAUUAAUCCUUGAUCCACAGUGUGAGCUGUAUUGCUGAAAUUUCAAUGAUAAGAGAUAUAUAUAAAUACUGUAAUAAGUAAGAAAACUAAUUUGGUGCAUCCAAAAGUGCAAUUUUGAGAUCUCUACGAGAAUCAUUAAGAACCUUCACUGACCACUUGACUGACUUCUCUCGUUGUGAGAUUCUCGCAGCACGCAGUUUCAAAACAAAGAUACAAUGGCAUCAUCCGUGACUAUCGAGGAAAACUUUAAAUAUCCAUCCAAGGAAGAUGUUUAUCAAAACUGGCUAGAGAAUGCACCGAAGAUUAAGUUUGGUGAACACGAACUUCACAUUGAAUUGGAUAACGAGCAGAUCGACGAGUACUUUGGGCAGAAAGCCAAGGAGGAAUUGCGAGAAACGCCGGAAAUCAUCGCCGAGAGCUGUACACAGUUGAAAGAAUUAAUUGCAGGGGAACCUGAUCUAAAUGUACCUAAUGAAAAAGAAUUUUAUCAAAUGUUUUUGCGACCAUGCAAGUAUUAUCCGAAAAGUGCCUUUUCUCUUAUGAAACGGUAUUAUCGAUUUCGCUUAAACUAUCCGCAUAUGUAUGCCAAUUUGUUGCCUAGUAAAGAGAAGACGGCUUUUUACGCCAAUUUGGUUUAUCCAUUGCCGCUUCGCGCUAAAGAUGGAAGCAGAAUAAUAAUAAUAGAAGCCGGCAAACGAUGGAAUCCAAAGGAAGUGUCAGUGAAUUUGUUUUUUAAAGGCCUCAUAAUGCUCUUGUACUUGGCUCUCGCAGAACCUAGGACUCAGAUCGCGGGUGGACGCGUCAUCAUAGAUGUGGAAGGUUUUUCUCUGACUCACGUGACGUAUAUUACUCCGAGUUUCGCCAAAAUGGUCAUUGAGUUUGUACAGAAGUGUUUGCCUCUUCGCCUUAAAAGCAUCCACAUUGUAAACCAAUCCUUUUUUUUCAACAUGGCAUUCGCAAUUUUUAAACCAUUUUUAGAGGAGAAGAUUCGCAAAAGGAUUCAUUUUCACGGAACAGAUUGGGGAAGUUUAAUGACUUUCAUAGGUAAAAAAGCACUACUUAAAAGGCACGGGGGCGAACUAGAUAUCCCCGAGGGGCCAUUUGGUAUAACAUUUUGCGAAAAUAUACUUUUUUGCGAACCCUUUUUCGAAGUUGAUCUACAGUGUGGAUAUAAAAUGGAUAAUAGUAUAAAAUAGUCACUGUAUAUAUCCAAUUGUUGUAUUAUUAUCGUCAUUAUAAUUUUGAUUAUGAUUAUAAUUAUGAUAAUAAAAACUAUACGCAGGAAGUUGCAAUAUAUAAAUUGCUAACAUCAUUGGCAUCUCAUUCUUAUUAAUAACGAAUGUAAUUUGCCGUUGUUACGUAAAUGACCUAUUAAAAACAGGUCCUACGUUUAUAUAUUGAUACAUUGAUGGCAUCAAUAAAAAAUAUUGCGACGUAUGAAA